AUGAAAGAAAGGGUUGACUGGUACCAUGAAUGGACAUCGAAGACUUUUAAAGUUAAAGCCGAUACAGGAUGGGUUUCAGGAUGUUUAGACCUUAAAGCAGAUAAAACUUAUGUUAACGAUGAGUUAGAGAAGAAAGCAGACAAGAACCAUACACAUACAAGUUUUACAACUGUUGCUAUAGAAAGUAUUGAAGGAACGGUUGAAGAAACUGGUGGGGAUGCAUUAUAUUGUAAACCUCCUAACUUUCCACAAGGUUUAACAUCGGAUGACGACAUAACGACGAUGAGAAACAUUAGAUGUAAAGAUGUUUAUGUCAUGAAGGAUGAACAUAAUAUUAAAUUCACUGCUCAAGAUUUAUAUGACAAGAAAGCAGACAAAACAGAGCUUCAAACAUUAAAGACAGAAAUACUUCAAACAUUAUAUCCUAUAGGCUCUAUUUAUACGUCAAUGAACUCUACCAGACCAGAAACAGUUCUGGGUUUUGGAACUUGGACUCAAAUAGUCGACAGGUUUUUGUAUUGUGCAAACUCUUCAAAGGAAACAGGUGGAAGUAAAACGAUUUCAGGUGAAAAUUUACCUGCACACAGUCACUACAUAGAUUUAAGUACAUCUCAAGCAGGUUGGCAUAAGCAUAAAUUUUGGGAUUGGUCAGCAAUGAAAAAAGGUAAAGGAUAUGAUGUUAAAGACGACGUUCAGUUUGCUAUAAAUUGUUUCUGGGGUGACACUCAGGGAGAUGGAAACCAUACACAUCGCGUUUCAGGAUAUACGCAAACAACGGGACAAAGUAAAGACUACAUGCCACCUUACAUGACAGUUUACGCAUGGUAUAGAAAUGCUUAG